AUGAGCACGAAUCUCAGGACUUAUGCCUCUGACGAUCCACUGAACGACGGUGUGGAGCUUGUCGAGGACCUUCAGGGCCAAGCAGGGCUUCCCACGGGUGACCGAAUGGAUGUCGCCAAGAUCCGCAUUGAGAAACUGAACCAGGAGCGUCAGGAGCGCGUUGCCCGGCGGCGAGACCCACAGAGCUGCCUCAAGCGGGGGCUGCAUCGCAUCAUACCCUACGGCGGCAUCAUCUCCUCCGGAUGCAACCUCGCCAGCUCAUCGCUGGGCGCCGGAAUACUUGCGCUGCCGUAUGCCUUCAACACGUCCGGGCUGGCGAUGGCGCUGGUGUACCUUGUGGUGGUGGGUCUGCUGACCAUCUACUCCUUCACUCUUCUGGGCAUCGCGGGGAAGCGGACGGGGCUGCGGAACUACGAGCAGGUCACGAGGGCUCUUCUUGGGAAGGGUGCGGACUACUUUUUGGCCUUCAACAUGUGGCUUUUCAGCUUUGGUGGCGAGGUCUCCUACAUGAUAUAUAUGGGAGAUCUUAUUGGCGCCUUUAUUGAUAGUUCGCAAAGCGCCCCAGAUUACGUGAAAUCCUCCUCUGGCCGCCGAUUAAUUACGAGCAUGGUGUGGCUUGUUGCCAUGCUGCCGCUGUGCCUACCGAAGGAGAUUAACUCCCUGCGCCACAUAUCCGUUUUGGCUCUUGCAUUUGUCUUUUUCUUUGUGAUCUGCGUGAUCAUCCAUUCCGUACGCAACACUAUCACCCAUGGCAUGCGUGAUGAUCUGGUGUACUUCCGGACUGGCAACAGCGCAAUUCAGGGUCUUUCCGUUUUCACGUUUGCCUUUAUUUGUCAGCUGAAUGCGUAUGAGGUGUACGAGGAAAUGUACAAGCCAAGUGUUGCGCGCUUUACGAAGAGUGCUGCACUUGGUGUGUUUGCUUCAUUCACAAUGUUGUUUUGCUCGGGAUUUUUUGGCUACCUGGACUUUGGCCCGGCAUUGACAGGCUCCGUCCUCAGUCGGUACAACCCGAUAGAGGACAAGAUGAUGGGCGUUGCUUAUGCGGGUAUGGUAUUAAAACUGUGCGUUGGCUACGGGCUGCACAUGAUUCCAGUGCGUGAGGCUGUUUACCACGUCUUCAGUGUUGAUGUGAAGACGAUUGGAUGGUGGAAGAACGCACUGGUCUGUGGCCUUAUGGCGACGCUGUCACUCAUUGGUGGCCUAUUUAUCCCCAGCAUCACGGUUGUGUUUGGCCUUGUUGGUGGUUUCUCUGGGGGCUUCAUUGGCUUUAUCUUCCCUGCCCUGCUGUACAUGUACAGCGGCAACUGGACACUGCAGUCGGUUGGGUACUUUCACUACAUCGGGACGCACUUUCUGCUGUUUGUCGGUGUGAUCGGUGUUGUGUUUGGGACCGCAUUUGCCGUUUACGGUGAGGCGAUGCAUUGA